AUGAAAUCUUCUAAAAAACAAACUGCUACGAGAGAAAAAGUGUUGCACAUGUAUUGCACCGCGUAUAUGAGUGAGCAUCGGAACCAAGUACCCGCUUUAGGAACCGAAUCUACCAUGGAACCACCGGUUUCGAAACCAGAACUGCAUGUUCCGGUUAUAUGGUUCACUCGAAAAAUGACGCAAGAUGCUGGAAUGAAAGACCAAAAGGUUCCGACGUCGCCUUCUAGCUCUCUUUCAUCUAUGUCUCAUGGCAUUUUACAGCAUUUUAAAAAAAGAGUUGUUGAACUGAUUGAGGGCGGAGCUUACACUGGUAAAGUUCGUUGGAUUUUGAGAGCCGUUAGCAUUACAAUCGCGUUAAGAUGGCGGUUAAAAGUUUGUGUGAUCUAUCCGUUCCUUAAUUUUGCCCUUACAACUGGAUCGGAAGCACACUCUCGUUUAAUUUCAUCUCUUCCAAAGGAUGAUGAUCAUGAGAUGGAAGUUGAUACUGCAUCUUCUGCAACUCAAGGUACUGUUAAUCACUCCCAUGAGAUGGAGAUCUACUGUUACUUCCUUGUGCUGAUAUUCCUAAUUGAUCAGAAAAAGUACACUGAGGCUAAGGCUUGUUCUUCAGCAGGCAUUGCCAGUUUGAAAAACCUGAACAGCAGAACAGUUGAUGUUCUGGCAUCCAGACUUUACUUCUAUUACUCUCUUUCUCAUGAACUUAGCAACAGUCUCUCUGAAAUUCGUGGUAAUCUCCUUGUUUUGCACCGGGUUGCUAGGUUGCAUCAUGAUGAAUUGGGGCAGGAAAGACUCCUAAACUUGAUACUUCACAAUUACCUUCAUUACAAUUUGUAUGAUCAAGCAGAGAAGUUUAGAUCAAAGGCACCACCUUUUGAAGGUCAUUCAAAUCGCCAGUUUUGUCGUUACCUGUUUUACCUGGGUAAAAUUAGAACGAUUCAGUUAGAAUACACAGAUGCAAAGGAAUCUCUUCUCCAAGCUGCCCGAAAAGCCCCUGUGGAGAGAUCCCUUGGUUUCCGGGUCCAAUGCAACAAGUGGGCCAUCAUUGUUCGUCUACUUCUUGGAGAGAUUCCUGAACGAACCCUUUUUAAGCAGAAAGGCAUGAAGAAUGCAUUGAGGCCUUACUUUGACCUCACAAAUGCGGUUAGAAUUGGAGAUCUGGACCUAUUGAAAACUGUCGCCGAGAAAUUCUCCACCACUUUCACCUCCGACCGAACUAACAACUUAAUUGUAAGACUCCGUCACAACGUCAUAAGAAACAGACUCCGCCACAUCAGCAUCGCAUACUCGCGUAUCUCUCUUGCUGACGUGGCAACCAAGCUCCGUUUGGACUCCCCAAACCCAAUUGCAGAUGCUGAGAGCAUCGUGUCAAAAGCCAUCCGUGAUGGUGCCAUCGAUGCCAUGUUGGAUCAUGCAAACGGAUGGAUGAUUUCUAAGGAAACAAGAGACAUCUAUUCAACAAACGAACCAAAAAUUGCUUUCAAUUCUAGAAUUGCCUUCUGCUUGAAUAUGCAUAAUCUGGCUGUACGUUCCCUUCGCUUCCCGCCAAAUUAUCAUAAGGAGCAACAGGUCGAUAGCGAUAGCGAUAGCGAUACAUCCGAUGAAGAAUAUGAUGACGAAUAUUGA